AAAAGUAAAAAACUAGUUAAUUAUUAAUUGUUGCAUUAAAGUAUAAAACUAGUUAAUUGUUACAAUUUUCAUUUCCCUAUUAUUUAAUUUGUUAAUUGUUGCAUUUCCCUAUUCGCAUUUUAUUAUUACUAUUGUACUCAUACUAAAACAUUUGAUAUCAUAUAAUAUUUGUUACAUUUUAAAGAUGGAGCGGGGCAGACAUUCCGUAGAUAUGAGUAAUCUCCAACGCAACCGAAGGAAGGAGAUUGCGACAAGUCAUCCUAAUUUACGCAAAGGUAAAGGGCAGACCGGGUCUUCUUCUCAAAGUCGAGAAGAUUUUGAAACGGGAUACCAAAAGCGAGAUGGGGAUGCGAUGUCCGACGAGCAACUACAACAACUAUUGGCGCAAAAUGAUGGUCGCUUUUUCCAACAACAAAACAUCCCGGAGUCCAUUGAUGAAGGGGAGAUUGAGGAUGACGACGCGGAGGAGGACGAGGGGGGCGACGGGACUCACGGCACCCCGGAUGAUGAGCAAGAGUUGGAGGACGAGGGCGGUUCAUCCCAAAUUGGUAAGAAAUCUAAAUCUCCUAUUAUAGAAAAUAAUUUUACAAAGAGGAAAGACAAAACAACCGAUAAAUGGUACGCAAGUUGCAAUCAUUGCAAGAAGGAGUAUAGCUUGGGAACUUCCGACGGAUACGAGAGCCUCAAAAGGCAUCUUAAGUCCGCGCACUCUGUGGAGUAUGCGAAAAUAGACAAAGGCAAGGGAAAGCAAACUCAAAUAUCGAGGUUUGCAAAUGACCAACCUUUUGGUAAUUUCUCAUACGAUGAUGCACGAAAUUUGACUGGUAUGGCUAACUUACUUGUUGAAGAAAAUUUGUCUUAUUUGUUUUCUGAAAGUCUUGCUUUUAAAGAUUAUGCACAAACUUGUUUAAAUCCUCAAUUUAGAGCUUAUAGUCGCAAAACGAUUAAGAAAGAAAUUAUAAGGCUUUAUCGUGCGGAAAAGGAUAGGUUACAUUUUUUUUUUGCAAACUUUGGUGGCCGUGUUACUAUUUUUUCUGACAUUUGGGAGGAUACUUAUCAUAAUUUACAUUAUUUGGGCCUGACUGCACAUUUUAUUGAUAAUGAUUGGAAUUUUCAUAAACGUGUUCUUGCUUUUCGUGAAUUUAAUGAUCGUCACACCGCUGAACAUAUUUAUAUUUUAAUUGAACAUAUUUUAACUGAGUAUAAUUUGAUUCAUAAGGUGUUUGCUAUAGGUUUUGAUAAUGCUACUAAUAAUACUGUUGCUAUACCUAGAUGACGUGAAUUGUGUGGUUCUAAUACUUUGAUGGGUAGAUUUUUUUCAUCAACGAUGUGCAUGCCAUAUUAUAAAUUUAUGUGUGCAAGAUGGUAUAAAAGCGUUAGGAGAUGCUAUGGAGGUAGUCAAGGGGGGGAUUAGACGAAUUUGGGGCAAUGGUCAACUUAAAUUAAAAUGACAAAAUUAUUUGAUUGAAAGAGGUGUGAAAUAUGUUGCUUUUCCUAAAGAUUUGUCUAUUCGGUGGAAUAUUACUUAUAAAUUAAUUAAAGUUCUUCUUAGAUAUAAAUAAAAUUUUCCUUCUUUUUAAAAACAAUAUGAUAACUAUAUUUUAAACUCCGCUCACAUCGACACUUGCGAAAAAAUUUGUAAUGUUUUGAUAUAUUUUAAUAAUGCAACUUAUAGUUUUAGUCAUGUUUAUAAACCUACCUUAAACGAAUUUAUUCGUGAAGUUGUUAAUCUCGCCGGUGCUUUUAAUGAAUUUGAGAAUGC